GUCUUCACAUUGUCAGCAGGAGGAGCUGCGAGGUAAGCCGCGAGACGGAGGUGGGUCUCCCGGGCUGAGAUGAGACGGCGCUGACCUCCGCCAAUUUCAGCCCGGGGGUGGGCUCGUUGAAAUGCUCGGGACCGAGGACCCAAGCCACCAGCAAACGGCGAUGGGGCUGCGGGAGAGACACUGCGCGGGCUUUGCCGGACGCCAUGCAGAAGCCGCUGCCGCCGCGGCCACCGCUGCUGUUGCCACAGGAGACCUGAACUGACCCUCCAAAAUCGCAGCCUGCUCCCUGACCGAUCUGCUGGCUUCCUCCAACAACUCUCGGCCCCCGCCCCGGGAGGCCGAAGGCAAUAAACCCCCGCGACAGAAGAGAUUCUGGAGGGAGCCAGACAAUGGUGGAUCCGGUAGCGGAUCCUGGCAAGGACGCAUGCCCCGAUCCUGGGAGUGCCGCGGGGGGAGAAGAGGCUGCGGCAGCCGCUACCUCCGCGACGGCCGAGGCUGCAGUUCAGCCGCCCGCACCCCUUCCGGCAGCGGUGCCUCCUCCAGUCAGAGACCCGGAGAAAACUCGCGAAGAGUCGCCGAUGCUGCACCUGGAUCUGUACAACUUCGACUGCCCGGAAGCCCAAGGCAGCCGCUACGUGCUCACCAGUCCCCGCUCCCUUGAAGCCUGCGCUCGAUGUGCCGUCAAGCCGGUGGAGCUGCUGACCCGGCCGCUCAACGAGCUGAUCAAGGAGGCUCCCGGCAGGUCUAUGCGCGUCGCCGCCGGCCUCUAUGAGGCCUACGAGAUGGAUCGGCAGAGGAAGCUGCAGCAGUGCCGGGAGGAAAGGGAGAGGAUAAUCCGAGAGGAGAAGCGGAGGCUUUUCACGCCUGUCCUGACCGGAAGCCUCCCUUCCUCCCCGGCUUCCAGGACGGCCUUCAAAAGCACUGUGCCCGAUGGGAGCUGCCCUUCGGCAGGCAAGCCCAAAGCGGCUGCAGGGCCCCCACCUCCUCCCCUGAGUGGCCCCAAAACCAAGAAGAGCCACUCCCUGGAUUCCCUGCAAAAGAGGAGAGAGGGCUUCUCCACCAAGACCUCCUCUGACUCAGGGGCCUCAUCUUCCUACAGCGGAGACAGCAGCAGGGACAAAUGGUCCCAGGGUCUGCCUAGGACUAAGAACGUGGCCACCAUGACCUCCCUGGUGGGUCGCAGUUUCAGCCUGAGUGACCUGAGCCACUCCCCACAAACCACCCAGAAAGUGGAGAGGAUUGUCAGGGAAGUGAAGCAGAAGAAGGGCUUCAAGGAGGUAUCUGAGAGGGACCGAAAAAUUGCUGCCCUGAUGAUAGCCAAGCACCAAGAGGAGAGCCUGUGGAAGGAGCAGCAGUACAGCGCCCACCUCCAGUGGGAUGUGCAGAGGAGGGUGGCAGAGCAGAGGAGGAGGCAGGAGGAGCAGGAAAAGCAGCUGGCUCUGCUGCAGGGCCACCGGAUGUGGGAAUCCCGGCUGGAGAAGAGACGUGGCCACCUGACCCAUACUUGGGAAGAGGCUGUCCAGGUGAAGCAAAGACAGACCUUGAUGGAGGACGAGAAGUGGCGGGAACACGUGGAGAAGCAGGAGCGUGUGAGGAGGGAGAGGCUGGAAAAGGCUGCUCUGGAGGACAAGAAGAGGAAACGCCACCAAGAGCACAACCUGAAAGCUCAGGAAGAAAGCAAGAAAGAAGCCCAGGUGCGAGAGGUGCAGCUGCUGCAAGAAAAGCUCACCUUGGCAGCCCAGAAGAAGCUUAUGAAAGAACAGCUGAUUCAGAAGGAGAAGAAGCUGCUCAAUCAAGCUGACAGGCAGAAACACAAGGCCAUUCUCAAGGGACUGGCUAAGCAGGAGACCCAAGAGAGGGCAGUGCUGAGGGCCGCCAUGGAAGGGAGCCUAAGCAAAGCUCAAGAGAACUAUGAGCAGCUCAUUGAGAAAAGGAACCAGGAAUUGAGAGAGAGAGCCAAACGGGAAGACCUGCAGUUCCAGAGGGCCAAGCUGGCAGCAGAGCGCAAAGACCGGGAACAGAAGGAGCACAUAAGAGCCUUAGCUCAAGCUUCAGAGAGGAAGCUCCAACAUGCUGCUCAGGUGGCCGAGGAAGUUGUCCAGCAGAAAGCUCGAAAGGUGGUGCAGAACCGGCUGGAGAAGGAGAAGGUGCAGAAAGUAAACAAGAGGAAAGUCGAGGAGUAUGAAGAUAUCCGCCGGAGGGAGAUCCUGAUGUCUAUUGAGAAAAAGCUGGAGCGAAGUGAACAGAUUUGUAGGGAGAAAAAAAAUGUCUUGGAAAAUGCAAGGUCUGUGGCUCGGGCCUCAUUUCACGUGAGGGAAAAAGUCCGGGAAGAGAUGAACAUCCGUACCUUUGACAAGAUGGCCUUUGAGGCAGAACUGCAAGCCAGCCUCGUUAAAAAAUGAAUUGUCUUUUUUUUAUUUGGGAUUCAGUGGGGAUUUCUGUUUUGCUGCCUAUUGUCAGAACUGGGAGAUUUUUUUUUUUUUUUUUUUAAAAACACUUUAUUAUUUUAUGGAGCACAAAAACUUGGCCAUAUGCUUCAUAGACCUUUUUCAAAUGCUCUUGUUAUACGUAUUCAAAAUAAUGCAACCAUCUAUACAGAGAAAAUAUGUAUCCCUUCCUCUGUUGAAUAAAAUACUGUUUCCAUGGAAUAAAAUCAAGAUAGGUACAUUUUAUAUAAGAAUUCUUUCCCCUCCUCAAGGGCCAUUUCAGUUCCCUCAAAUUCUAAUGAAGUAUUAUCAUAUUGAUAUAUCUGAGUCUUAAUUUGAAUGUCACUCUGCAGCGGAACUUUUGGUCUCUUAUAUAUGUCCAUAUUUGAAAAAGAGUUUAUCUGGUGCACUUUAUUUAUCCUUCUGGUUGGAAACUCUAGGCCUUGUAACUUUUUAAUAACAAAACUGAAAUUCUGAUUCACAACAUGAAAGCAUGUGGAAAAACUUGUUCCAAUAAAAUUGCAAAUGUGUAGAAAGUGUCAUUUAUACAGUCCCUUUCAUUAACUAUUAUUUAUUUAUGUAUUAAUCCAUUUAAUAUAGCUGUCCAUCUCCAAAGAAACUCUGGGUAACAAAGGGGAAAAAACCAAGGUUUUCCAUUAAAACCAAAUGAAAACAAAAUAAGUGAAGGUCCAAUUAAAUUUCCAUAAUCAAUCACACAGACCAAUGCCUGAGCUCCAUAAUUAACAUCCUGGCUUCAAUAGCUGGGGGAAGACCCAGGUCUUCAUGGUCUACAUUUCACAAGAUUCACAAUGGAAAGAAUAAGCCUUGUAUAAUUAUCAGUAGUGAUGUAUGUGAAUAAUUAUCCCAAAGUUACUGGGUCAACUUGAAAACAUCUUGUUGCAUACAAAUGUGCUCCAAGUAUAGUGUACUUGGAUAAUAAAAGGACACUCAUUUUUGGAUAGAAAAUAAGUAUAACACUGCAGGGAAAGGUCUAUGAAAAUCCUGUAGAUUAAUAAUAUACAUUCAUCAGCUCAACACUGUAUAAUUGAUUGCACCUGUAUGUCAAGGAUGUCUCAAUUGGUGCUAAUAACAAAAUAUAGUAACAUGUCUUGGAAUUGGUAUGUUUUGUAGUAUUCCUGCUCAACAGGCAAGUACAAUUUAUUACUUGUGGAAUAUUCUUAAUGAUGUCUAACCCUAUGAGAACUCUUCUAUGCAGAAAUAAAUCACAUUUAUUCUCUGCUUAGCUGUUAAAGUCAGAACAUCUCAUUAUGCAAAUGGUAUCUUGUAAGUCUGUGGUUCAGAAGAUGUUUAUGGAGAUUCUCAAGUCAUCCAGGACAUAGUUAUCCCAAAGAUGCCCUUUUUUCACAAGGCAACUGGACUUUCUUGUUUUUCUUUGAAGAUGUUUCACUUCUCAUCCAAGAAGCUUCUUCAGCUCUGACUGGAUGGUGGGGAAUGGGUUCAGAAGAUGUUUGCUUUAAAAGCUCCAGGGCAGGCCCCAUUUUUAAAUAAGGCAAUGAUUUAGGCAUCAGAUGCUGGAAGCGAGGUGAGAAUGAACCAGCACUGAAGUAUUGGAAAGCAGGGCUGAUUGGUUAUCUGGAAGCAAGGUGCUGCUUUCCUGCUGUCAGUGUGAAAGUAAUCUCCACUUGCCAGUCCCAUUGUCGUCUGUAUAUGGAUAUGGGAGGAUAAAACGAUCUUGUCCUGGAUUUAAAGAUAAGCAUCCUAGUAUGGUAUUAAAAAUGGCUAUUAUGAAACGGAUAAUGUU